AUGCCGAUUGAGGCUCUUCCUCAGAAAACAAUCCGGGCGAUUGGCUCCACAUCUGUCAUUUCGGAUCCCUACUCUGUUGUGAAGGAACUUGUAGACAAUGCCCUGGAUGCUUCUGCUACGUCAUUGCAGAUUGAAAUUUCACAAAACACCGUGGAUAUCAUACAGCUCAAGGAUAAUGGCCACGGUAUCUCUCCAGAGGACCACCAACAUGUCUGCAAACGAACUUUUACCAGUAAGAUCCGGACUUUAGAUGAUCUCAAAAAUGUCGGUGGGUCAUCAUUGGGAUUUCGUGGCGAAGCACUUGCCAGUGUCGCAGAGAUGUCCGGCGUUCUCGCUGUCACCACUCGAGUUCAGUUCGAAGUUGCCGGGUUAUGUUUGAAAUACGGAAGAAACGGAGAGCUUACUGGAUCACAACGGACGUCACAUCCCGUGGGGACAACUGUUCGUAUCACAGACUUCCUCAAACACAUCCCUGUCCGCAGGCAGACUGCCUUGAAGGGUGCUACGAAAAAUCUCACGAGGAUCAAAAAACUUCUUCAGGCAUAUGCUAUAGCUCAGCCGUCGAAGAGAUUAUCACUCAAAGUACUCAAGGCAAAAAAUGAAAACAACAAUUGGACAUAUGCACCAAGCGCAGACGCCUCACUUUCGGAUGCAGCUCUCAAGGUAGCCGGCACAGACGUGUCUGCAUCUUGUAUCAUGAAGCGACUUUCCUCUCAGAACACCGCCGGGAACAACCGAGGAUCAUCCGAUCAGAAAGAGCAUGAAGCCAUCGCCUUCCUUCCGAAAACACAAUUUGAUACUUCCAAGAUCAACAAUGCGGGCCAAUAUAUAAGUGUUGAUGGCCGUCCUCUCUCUAGCAGUAGGGGCAUUGGGCAUGAAAUCGCCAAAAUCUUCAAGCCGUAUGUCCGUGCCGCCGCAUCCAAAAAUCAAUCCCCCAAAUCGGUUAGCGAUCCUUUUCUCUGUUUACAAAUUCGCUGUCCCCGAGGAACGUACGAUGUCAACAUCGAGCCAACGAAAGACGAUCUGCUAUUCGAAGACCGAGAUUUAGUAUUGGCCUUAGUAGAGAAUUUGUUUCGCGACCAAUACGGAGAAAUAAAUGGAACGGAGACAAGGAUUCCAAACCAAGGCAAAGAGGAUGCCUAUAAGUCCGAUGGAGGAUUGGGAGGAUUUGAGCUUUUGAUGGCCAGGAAGCCAGCUACAGAACUUUCCACACAGCCUAGCAACCCCGAUAACCCCUUCAAUGAAGCUGUAACCCAUACACCUCUCUCACAGAAGCCGCUUCGGUCUGAGUACGACAUUUCGCCUGUGGUUCCUUCUAGCAUCAAUGGCCCGGAAAGCCCCGACGAAUCGGCCAGCGCUAGAAACAAACGUUCUAGCUUCGUCAAUCCGUGGUCUAUCUCCAGAAUCAAUGCCUCUUUUCAAAUACCGCGAGGCGGGAGCAAUUCUCCCAACCAAACAAGCCCCAUCAAUUUAUCUAGUGGUAGCGUGCAGGGGUCAAUCCGAAGGGAGAGUGAAUCGCGAGGCUUUCAGCAUUCGCCCAAGUCAGACUUGACAAGUUCUCUUACUUCUCGAAUUGCAUCAGGGUCACCAGUGAGACGCCGUCGACACCAUCCGCAAGAAUCGACCGAGUCAUCUCCUGAUACUAACCGCGUUUCGAGCGCCCGACGUGCUGAGAGGGAACGUGAUCGAGAACGGUAUGGGAAUGGAGCUUUAGACACCUGGUUCCAGAGAACCACGCAAGUUUCGCUGCAGCAAAGCCCUAUUGAGGAUGUAACGACUCAAGAACCGGACUCGCUGCUUUCUCUCCUUGCCCGGCAACGAUUUGAAUCGCCCACGAACACUUCGCCAAAUGUUGUGCAUAUCGAUGGGCAGAGUGAUGGUUGUUCGGGCAGUCCAUCUAUAACUAGCAUCCCUCCAGAGACCGCUAAUGAUGGGCCUUCGCUGCCCGAAGAGCAGGGCGACUAUAUUCCAGAGUCAAUGGAUAGUGGUCGAGGAUUCCCAGUUCUUGAAAGAUGGGCCGCUCAACUUCACGAAGGCGUCAGCCACGAGGAACCAUCUGAUCUGGAAAAAGCACUCGACUUCGAAAGGCGCAAGAAAGAAGCCAUUCACAACAGUCGCAUGCGUUUCAAGACGAACGAUAAAUUACCCAGUUCGCAGUCUGCUCCAGUGUUGUAUUCGCCUCAUCGCAGUCGAUAUCUUUCCGCAAAAGCUGCAUUAACUUCGUCGCAAACUUCCAUCGGCGAGCCAGUCUCUGCGACAACACUCUCUCCUAAUGAUCCGCGAGCAUACCUCCUCCGCCAGGAACGGGACCGUUCUACCGAUGGACCUUCAAUGAACGAAGGAAAGGCCCGGAGACUACCCACCAACAGACUUCCCUUCGAACGUAUACCCGAUGGCUCCAACCUGCAUGACCUCGGGUUGAUCUGCUCGGUUGACUUGUCGACCGGCUCGAAUUCGCUCAAGUGCAAUGUACCAGAAGACCUGUAUACCGAGAGUGAUAACCAACCUACCGCGUUCUCAGCAUCUGAUCUUGAAACUUGCUUGCCGUUCUGGAAUGAACGGUUGAUGCUUAUUAUGAAGAAGCAAUACAAGAACAAGGAUGAAUCAAAGCCUUUGAGUAUUCAAAUAGAUCUCGCUACCAUUAUUUCUCAGCAUGUGCAAACAGCUCAAAACGAUUAA